AUGGCUACACCCGACGCGACGGACGGCCCCUACCUCCCCGAGCACAUUGUGGUGCUCGUGCACGGCAACAAUGGCUCGGGCGCGGACUUUGACGCCGUUGCGAAGGCGCUCGUGGCCACGUUUGGCGGCCCACAGGAGCUGCUCGUGAUUCAGUCGCGCGCCAAUGAGUCGGACACGUCGCUGGGGGUGGAGACGGGCGGCAAUAGACUGGCAAAAGAAGUGGUGGAGGCCGUGUUCGAGUACGAAGUGAGUCCCACCGCGCGGCAGCAUAAGGUGUCGCUCGUGGGCCAUUCGCUCGGCGGACUCUACGCGCGCUACGCACUGGUUCAGCUCAUGAAAGCCAUGAGCUGUUUGCACGUGGCGUACGUCGACUUUGUCACGAUUUGUACGCCGCACUUGGGCUCGCGACGGGCGAGAGGACCGUCGACUGUGAAGAACUUGGUGCGUCUCGGGGUGCACAAAGUUUUGGCGUCACGGGCGAUCUAUGGACAGACGGGGAUUGAUCUGUUGCUCAAUGAGCACGAGCAGCACCAAGGAUGGGCGACGAUGCAUGCUAAUGAGCCGCAGCCUGCACGUCCACUGCUGAUGGUCAUGAGCGACCCGGCCUCGGAGUUUGUCCGCGCGCUCAAGCGCUUUCGACACGGCACGCUCGUCGCGAUGACUGACGGCGACUUGGUUGUGCCGUUUCCCUCGGCUUCCAUGCGCAGCCACAGUCCAUACGUGAGCACUUUCUUGACGGACUGCUACGUGGACUGGCGAUGGCAUGUCCGCCACUCUGGGUUUGCCGAUGAGACGGGUAGCAGUUGUGUCUAUCCUGCGUAUGCGGCAUUUAUGGAGCGGCUCAACGCGAAGGUCGACACCUCUGUGGUUAUUGAAGACCACGGUCUGGGACUCGAUGCAAGCUGCGCGCCACAGCGUCUCAGCGUAGAAGGGUUUACCAGCGACAACAAGCAAGAGGUAGAGUUCCCGCACGAGAUGCUAUGCAGUAUGCAACAAGCGCUUCCGUGGAGACGCAUUGACGUGCUAGUGGAGCCCAGCGGUGUGAAAGGCAAACUGCGUCUCCACGACUGGCCGAUCAACAAGAUGCAGCCGCCGGACUGCCGUGCAGACGAGUUCAUCAAUCUCUUGUGUGAUAUGAUUGGAGCUGACCACGGAAUCUGUCCACGGACAAUACCGGAGACGGUUGAGAAGCUCGAUGGGAGUGCUGCACUCGCGCAAGAUACUAGUUCCAGCUAUACUGCGAACAAAGCUGGUGAUGAAGCAUCGAGCAAGCAAGGAAGCGCUGAUGGCGACACGAAAACGUACCAGUCCGGGCACACUUCUCCUGUCUCGUGCUCGUCCGGAUCGUUGUGCGACUUUCCCGUCCACGCCGAACUGUCGUAA